AUGCCGGUUACUUUAACUACUUCCAGCUCCAGACCAGAGGUGUGGAGGGGAGCCAAAGUACUCACGGCGGAUGCCCUCUUAGAGGAGUCUUGUCCAGAAAAUGCCUGUCGCUGCAAACAACUGUUCCAGAGCUCUUUCACCCCUGAGCAACUCGAAGAAAACCACAUCAGCUCCUCCUCAAAUGGCCUUGUCAAUGCUGUGUAUCGGGCAUAUAGCAACCAUCAUCAUCUGAUCCUGCGACCGGAGGAGGUGUGGUUCGCCAUCCUGUCCCAACUGAGCUUCUACAUCAACGCGCAUGCCGAAGAUUUGCGGUCGCAUUUCGUGGCCCAUGAAGGCAAGGAGGAACUUUCUGUCACUGCCGUCGGAACGGUAUAUUCGGUGGACUUUGGUGCACUGGCAGUCCAAAUGACUGAGGCGAUUCAAGAGAAGGUCGUCGAUCCCGACCUACGCACGUGGCUCAUGCCGGCAUUCAGCACCACCACCGUCAGCGACCAGAUUAUAGCAGCGGUCCUGAUGAUGGGUGCCAUGCAGCAAUACUUCUCCUAUAAUGCAUUUCUCUUAUGUGGGAUUCCCAGUGUAACAUUGUUGGGAGAGCGGGAGGACUGGGUACAGCUGCUGAGCAAACUGGACAAGCUCCCCGAGUUGGGUGCGGAGCCCGCUCAGUUUGCUCGCCUUCUUCGACCUGUCUUGCAAAAGUUCAUCAUCUCCUUUGAUGAGCCCACUUCAGAAUCUGUUCGUGAAUUCUGGGGUUUGUGCGCAGAUCGAAUCUCCGGCGGAAGCGGCCCGUCCUACUUGUCGGGGUGGAUCACCGCGUUCUGCUAUUGGAAUGAAAAAGGCCAGCCCAUGGAUAAGGGAACUCCGGGAUGUGAACUGGAUGGUGUUCAGUUUCAUCGUGUCGACUUUGACGAUAUCCCGGGCGCGUUCGCCUCAGUGCCUAUGAAGGUAGAUGACAAUGGCACCGAGUAUGAGACAGAGCUAGUCGCCGGAGUAAUCGGCAUUCAAGCAAGUUGUGGCAAACAGACGACAGCUGCUACUGGAGAUGCAGAGGCCCAGCAGGACACAAUCCAACCGGCUUCAGGAUGGUGGAUAUAUGAGAAGGAACCUGCCGCAGAGAAUCCGGAGUGA